UCGGCUGAAGCUAAAGGGGAUUGACUUUGCGUCCAGUGAAGCCUCAAAAGGGCCUGGCGCGUGCCGUGGCGGGCUGAGAAACGGCCAGAACAGAUGUCGAUUCCCCCUUUCGACGCUCGAGUGAAACAAGUCUCUCGCUUGUUGCUCGAUACAAACCCAACACAGUGUCCCCCGUCCUCGUUGCCGAGUGCCAAAAGGCCACGCGAAUGUACCCACUGCGUUCGAUGAACGUGUCUAGCAGGAGACUCCACUGGGUGGGUGAGUGGACUCAUGGAAGCCCCAAAGCCUCCUUCAAAAGGGAGAGGUAAGUCUUGAUUUCUGGCGUCGUUGGUCGACUCUCGCCGUUCUCUGUCUCGAGCAGAGCAGAGGAGUUGACGCCAUGCAGGGCCCUAAGCAGGACGACAAUGUCGUCGUCGAGUCUUUUGAACUCCCAUCCUCGUCACAUUCGCAGCAGCCCAUUCAUCCCGAAAAGCAGGCCGAGAUCCCGGUGGCAUCGUCAUGGCCCAAAGAACCCGUGCCCCUGGUGCCCGACACGAAAGAUCAGAUGUUCAUGUGGCUGUACGACGGCAUCCUCCUGGCGGUCCCGCUGGUGCUCAUCGCCAAAAUCGGCCUGGUGAUCGGGGCGUGGAAACUCGAUCGCCAACAUCGCGGCAACGAGAUCGACCUGGUCAGCGCGCUGACCACCUUCUUGAUCGAGUUCAACGGCCAGAUGACUACGGCGUUCACCAUUGUCUUCGUCACCAUCAUCUCGACGCUGGUGAGGCGGUACGCCCUGUGGAAGGCGCAGACGGGGGCGCGCGUCUCGGACCUCGAACAGCUCCAGGGCAGCAUCAGCCUCCCGAGCACGCUCAAGCUGAUCUGGUCGCUGCGCGCGUUCACCACCAUGAGCGCCGCCCUGGUCGCCAUCUGGUCCUUCUACUACCUGGGCAGUCAGGCCAGCAAGCAGGAAUUCCAGCGGGUGGACUCGCGCGCGUACCACCAGCUGGACGGCUAUGCGGCCGGCGCGGGCCUCCUGUCUGGCUUCAGCUCCUCCUACGACAACACCUACCUCAGCUUCAACGUCGAUGACCUGAACGCCGCCCUGAUCGCCGCGGUCAGCUUCACGAAAUCCGACUACAACUCGGACACCGCGGUCCCCAAGGGCACCGACUCGAUCGGGUCCGCCGUCCUGCCCGACCUCAACGCCAUCCUGGAUCAGGGCUGGUCGGUCGGCGCUGGCUACGUGCCCCCUCACCCGGGCCGCCACGGCUGGGUCGACGUGGCGCAUCAAUCGCAGCUCCAACUCUCCGACGACUACGCGGCGUUUGUCGGCCGGGCGACGUAUUUCGAGCUGAUCAGCGACGCCGCGGGGCCCGUCGCCAUCCAGAUCAACGGGUUCCUGGGCGAGUACACGCUGCCCACCAGCUACCUGGCGGUGCAGUGCGGCCGGCCGACCAUCCUCCCCUACGAGUCGUUUCCCCAGGGCACCUUCAUGAACCAGUCCGUGAGCUUCAACAUGACGCAGCCUCGCCCCGACGCCCCCCUCGACAUCGCGGGCCAUCCUCUGCGCGAGUUCCACCUGUCCACGCGCUGGAUCCCGUACAACGACCAGUACAUCACCUCGCGCGGCAGCUCGCGGCAGACGUGCAACAUCACCGCCGUGGCCGUGGAGCUGAAGAUCCACUGCGGCGUGACGGGCUGCUUCCCGAACAAGAUGCGGUACCGACACAACGCGCCGCGCCGGAACGUCACCUCGUUCAGCACGCCGUUUGACGACGACGCCUUCGCCGCGCGGUUCUUCAGCGCGCUGCUCCUCUCGCGCGGCGGGCAGCGCAACGUGUCCAUGCCCACCGACAUCGGCGAGUCCCUGACGCUGGGGCUGCAGAACUUCCUGGGCCCGCCGGCCGGUAGCCAGGGCCAGGCGGACAACUACGACGCCUUCCUCUCCGCGGAGCAGCCGCGGGGCCUCGCGCUGCCGCUGACGCAGUACUUCAACACGUACUACAUGCUCUCGCAGGUGAUGACGGGGCUGACGCCCAGCUUCGGGAGCGACGAAGAUACACAGUUCCAGGCCCUCGCCAUCCACGGCGCGCUGUACGACCCGCACUACGCGAUCCUCUGGGGCUGGAUCGCCGUCGACUUCGCCGCCUGCGCCGUGCUGCUGCUCGCGGCCGGGGCGGCGUGCUGGCUGCGCGUGCACACCCUCGCGCCCGACAUCUUCGGCUACGUCUCCAGCCUGACCCGCGACAACCCGCACGUCGCCCUGCCCGCCAACGGCACCACGCUGACCGGCCUGCAGCGCGCGCGCCUGCUGCGCCACGUCACGGUCAAGAUCGGCGACGUGUCCGCGCCCGACGAGCCCGAGGGGCGGGUCGGGUUGGCACAGGUUCACGCCUCCGCGCGGGGCGGCACGCCCGUGGCGAACCUGAAGCCCACGGUCGCUUAUGUCUGAUGAAUCAAGAAAUGGGAUGGAUGGAGGAGAUGUAUAUAUACACAUACACAUACACGCAUAGACACACACACACACACAGAGAGAGACAUAUGUACCAAACUCCAGGCGCACGAGUUGGUGACACGGCGAGCUAGAGCGCGUACUGGAUAUCUAAGAUAUAAUGUGGAAUCGACGACAACGCCAUGUUUUCUCACGCA